AUGCGGCCAUGGACUGGUUCCUGGCGUUGGAUCAUGCUCAUUCUUUUUGCCUGGGGGACCUUGCUGUUUUAUAUAGGUGGUCACUUGGUACGAGAUAAUGACCACCCUGAUCACUCUAGCCGAGAACUGUCCAAGAUUUUGGCAAAGCUUGAACGCUUAAAACAGCAAAAUGAAGACUUGAGGCGAAUGGCUGAAUCUCUCCGAAUACCAGAAGGCCCCAUCGAUCAGGGGCCAGCUUCAGGAAGGAUUCGUGCUUUAGAAGAGCAGCUUGUGAAGGCCAAAGAACAGAUUGAAAAUUAUAAGAAACAAACUAGGAAUGGUUUGGGGAAGGAUCAUGAAAUCCUAAGAAGGAGGAUUGAAAAUGGAGCUAAAGAGCUUUGGUUUUUUUUACAAAGUGAGUUGAAGAAAUUAAAGAAUUUAGAAGGAAAUGAACUCCAAAGACAUGCAGAUGAAUUUCUGUCAGAUUUGGGACAUCAUGAAAGGUCUAUAAUGACGGAUUUAUACUACCUCAGUCAAACAGAUGGAGCAGGUGAUUGGCGGGAAAAAGAGGCCAAAGAUCUGACGGAGCUGGUGCAGCGGAGAAUCACGUAUCUUCAGAAUCCCAAGGACUGCAGCCAAGCCAAGAAGCUGGUGUGUAACAUCAACAAAGGCUGUGGCUAUGGCUGUCAGCUCCAUCACGUGGUCUACUGCUUUAUGAUUGCAUAUGGCACCCAGCGAACACUCAUCUUGGAGUCUCACAAUUGGCGCUAUGCUACUGGAGGAUGGGAAACUGUGUUUAGACCUGUAAGUGAGACCUGCACAGACAGAUCUGGUGUCUCCACUGGACACUGGUCAGGUGAGAUAAAGGACAAAAAUGUGCAGGUAGUCGAGCUCCCCAUCGUGGACAGUCUUCAUCCUCGUCCUCCAUAUCUACCCCUGGCUGUACCAGAAGACCUUGCAGACCGACUUGUACGAGUCCAUGGUGACCCUGCAGUGUGGUGGGUGUCCCAGUUUGUCAAAUACUUGAUCCGCCCACAGCCUUGGCUAGAAAAGGAAAUAGAAGAGGCCACCAAGAAGCUAGGCUUCAAACAUCCAGUUAUUGGAGUCCAUGUUAGACGCACAGACAAAGUGGGAACAGAAGCAGCCUUCCAUCCCAUUGAGGAAUACAUGGUGCAUGUUGAAGAACAUUUUCAGCUUCUUGCUCGCAGAAUGAAAGUGGAUAAAAAAAGAGUUUAUUUGGCCACAGAUGACCCUUCUUUAUUAAAGGAGGCAAAAACAAAGUACCCCAAUUAUGAAUUUAUUAGUGAUAACUCUAUCUCUUGGUCAGCUGGACUACACAAUCGAUACACAGAAAAUUCACUUCGAGGUGUGAUCCUGGAUAUACACUUUCUCUCCCAGGCAGACUUCCUGGUGUGUACGUUUUCAUCCCAGGUCUGUCGAGUUGCUUAUGAGAUCAUGCAGACACUGCAUCCCGAUGCCUCUGCAAACUUCCAUUCUUUGGAUGACAUCUACUAUUUUGGAGGCCAAAAUGCCCACAACCAGAUUGCCAUUUAUCCUCACGAACCUCGAACUGCAGAUGAAAUCCCCAUGGAACCUGGAGAUAUCAUUGGUGUGGCUGGAAAUCAUUGGGAUGGCUAUUCUAAAGGUGUCAACAGAAAACUGGGAAGGACGGGCCUGUAUCCCUCCUACAAAGUUCGAGAGAAGAUAGAAACGGUCAAGUACCCCACAUACCCUGAGGCUGAGAAAUAAAGCUUAGAUGGACCAGAAAGACCACCAAACUCAGUUCAAACCAUUUGAGCCAAACAGUAGAUGAAGAAGGCCCCAACCUAACAGCCCGUGGUUAAAACGAGUCAACAUCUUCAGCAUCAGGAGCAGCUGGGAUCUGCCAGAUGCUUCAUUGGUGGAAUUCCUCUUUAACAAGGGCUGCAGUGCCCUUAAACCCAUGCACAGUCCAAUAAUGUACUCAUGUAUAACAUGCAAACAGAUUGUUUUCUACGUUACCCCUUCUUUCAAGACUAUGUCCCCAUGAAACAAACACUGCCACAUUGUGUAAUUUAAGUGACACAGACAUUUUGUGUGAGACUUCAAACAUGGUGCCUAUGCCUGAGAGACCUAUGUGACCAAAUGAGAUGACUUGAAUAGUUCCCUCUUGUGGGGAGCUUGAUCCUUAGCCAGUGGUGGUAUUGUAACCACUGAAUUCACUCCAGUCAACAGAUUCAGAAUGAGAAUGGAUGUUUUUGUCUGGAAUUUUUUUUUUUUUUUAAGUAAUUGCACCGGUUCAUCCACCUCAUCAUUAAUAAGUGAAGGAUACAACAGAAAAUAAAAUAUUCACACUCCAUUAGGAACUUUUGUAAAACAAUGCCAUGAACAGAUUCUUUAGUACUCAAUGUUUCUGGACAUUCUCUUUGAUAACAAAAAAUAAAUUUUAA